AUGACUGGGUUUGGAAUUUUUUCAGCCCAAAGGGCAUUUUUAAGGUGUUUUACCACAUUUUCAGCCAGUUCCCUAAGGCAAGGGAUGGUAUUUUUACACCAAGGUAAAUAUUGUGAAGUUGUUAGUUUUAGACAACUUAAACAAGGUCGUGGAUCAUCAUCUAUACAAUUGGAGUACAUGGACUUGAUGAGCAGAAAGGUAUUUACACAGAAUUAUCCAAUAAACUCAAAAGUUGAAAAAGUUGAUUUGGAACGUCACAACGCGUUGGUUCAAUACGUUGACGAAGAUGCAAAGGAACUAAUAGUCUCAGACCACAACUUCGAAGAUAAAUCCAUUGACCUCAGUCUCAUAGGACAAGCACACCAAUUUCUAUCACCGGGUGAUGAGAUUCAAGUUUAUUAUCACUCUGAUAACAUUGUUAAAGUCACCAUUCCAAAUCAUAUCCUCUCAAAAGUCAAAUGA